AUGGAUGACUUCACUUCCCUUGAACUCCUGUCGCUCGUUUCCAAAGUCACCUCCGAACUGCAAAACCACCUGGGAAUCAACGACAAGACCCUCGCCGAGUUUGUCAUUGACCAGCAUGAAAAAUGUGGCGGCAAUCUUCCCGAGUUCAAGGCCGCCCUGGCUGCAAUGGGAGCAGAGUUUCCCAACAGUCUGGUGGAAAGUGUGGACAGAUUGAUCUUGACAAUGCACCCGAAACAUAAAACCCAGAAAAAGACUCAAGAGAAUGGAAGGUCAGACAUGGAUGAAUUGGACGCGAUUGGGCGUAAGGCACGGGUGUUCAAGGGUUUGGCCGUGCCCGACCGAGAACAAGCAUGGGACGACUACGAGGAUGACAUGGUUGGACAGAAAACGAUCGACGAGAGUCGGCCUCCGGACCCUGGUACUCCAGCUGACGACGACGACACAUUUGCGCUUCUCGAAGGCCUUGCCGGCAAAGCCGGAAAUGGCACGAAUGGGAAUUCCACGAGAAGUAGGAAACGGAGUCGGAGCCCGGACCGAGACGAGUAUGCAAGGGACAGGAAACCCAGGCAGAAAUACAUGUCAAGAAGCCCGAGCCCACAAGAAGAGAGAAGAUCUCGCCACCGUCGCGACCGAGAUAGAGAUUACGACGACCGUAGAGACCGAUACGACGAGAGACGGAAUGGUCAUCGGAAGAGCCGACGAAGGGACUACGAGGACGACGACGAUUUCAAAAAGCCUCCUCGAAAAGAGAUUGACGAAUAUCCCGUCCUUUACAAAAUCUACGACGCCACCAUCAAUGGGAUUAAAGAUUUCGGGGCUUUUGCAGACCUGCAAGGUGUCAAAGGUCGUGUUAGUGGGUUGAUCCAUGUGUCGGCCAUACAAGAGGGUGCACGGGUCAACCAUCCUUCGGAUCUCUUGUCGAGAGGACAGCCCGUCAAAGUCAAGGUCAUCAAGAUGGAGAACAACAAAGUCAGUUUGUCCAUGAAAGAGGUCGACCAGGUGACUGGUCAAGAUCUGGUUCCCUCACGUCGAAUUGCUUCUGGAGCUAAUAUGGAGCGGCUGGACGGGAUGCCUUCUGAGGAUCGCUAUGGUGGUCUCGGCAGUACAGUCCCUGUAAUUGAAGACGACUACAACUCAAAUUCACGGAAGAAUAGAAAGAGGCUGACCUCGCCUGAGCGGUGGGAAAUCAAACAGCUUAUCGCCUCCGGCGCGAUAUCUGCGCAGGAUUAUCCUGAUAUCGACGAGGACUACAAUGCAACUUUGAAUGGCCAGGGCCCGGUUGACGAGGAGGAAGAAGACAUUGACAUUGAGGUCAGAGAGGAAGAACCGCCUUUCCUAGCUGGUCAAACCAAGCAGUCACUAGAACUUUCGCCUAUCCGGGUCGUCAAAGCCCCUGAAGGCUCUUUGAACAGAGCCGCUCAAGCGGGAACAACGCUGGCCAAGGAAAGGAGAGAAUUGAAACAACAGGAAGCUGCCGAUAAAGCAGCUGAAGAAGCCUCAAAGGUGGAUCUCAAUGCCCAAUGGCAAGAUCCCAUGAUCAACCCGGAGCAACGCAAAUUUGCUUCGGAGUUGAGACAGGCUCAGCAACAAACAUCCAAAGCCACAGAUGCGGUACCGGAAUGGAGGCGAGUGACCCAGGGCAAGAACCAAUCCCUAGGACGAAGAACGGAUAUGACUAUCAAACAACAAAGAGAGUCCUUACCUGUCUACAAGUUCCGGAAACAGCUACUUGAUGCGAUUGCACAAAACCAGCUUCUUAUCGUUGUUGGAGAUACUGGUUCGGGAAAGACCACCCAAGUGACCCAAUACCUUGCCGAAGCAGGCUACGCCAACAAUGGCAUAAUUGGCUGUACCCAACCACGUCGUGUUGCAGCUAUGUCCGUCGCGAAGCGUGUCUCUGAAGAAGUUGGGUGUGAACUUGGUCGCGAAGUCGGGUACACGAUACGUUUCGAAGACAGAACGUCGCCCGAAACCCGGAUCAAGUACAUGACGGAUGGUAUGCUGCAGCGAGAAAUUCUCCUUGAUCCCGAUCUCAAGCGUUAUUCCGUCAUCAUGUUGGACGAAGCUCACGAGAGAACCAUUGCAACGGAUGUUCUGUUUGGGCUGCUGAAGAAGACAUUGAAGAGACGUCCCGAUAUGAAGCUCAUUGUCACGUCUGCAACACUGGACGCAGAAAAGUUCUCGGAAUUCUUCAACAAAUGUCCUAUCUUCACCAUUCCCGGGCGAACCUUCCCAGUCGAGAUCAUGUACUCGAGAGAGCCUGAGGAAGAUUACCUGGACGCGGCUCUGACGACAGUCAUGCAAAUCCACCUGACUGAGCCACCUGGAGACAUCCUGCUAUUCUUGACUGGUCAAGAGGAGAUCGACACCAGCUGUGAAGUGUUAUAUGAGAGGAUGAAGGCACUGGGCCCGAGCGUUCCCGAACUGAUCAUCCUCCCGGUCUACUCAGCUCUCCCGAGUGAGAUGCAGAGCAGGAUCUUUGACCCAGCGCCACCUGGGAGCCGAAAGGUAGUCAUUGCAACCAACAUUGCUGAAACAUCAAUCACAAUCGAUCAUAUCUACUAUGUGAUUGACCCUGGCUUUGUCAAGCAGAAUGCAUACGAUCCCAAGCUUGGAAUGGACUCGCUCGUUGUCACACCGAUUUCACAGGCUCAAGCGAAGCAGCGAGCUGGACGUGCUGGUCGCACGGGGCCGGGAAAAUGCUUCCGCCUAUAUACUGAAGCGGCAUACCAGUCGGAAAUGUUGCCGACCAGUAUUCCUGAGAUUCAGCGUCAGAAUCUGUCAAACACCAUCCUCAUGCUGAAAGCCAUGGGAAUCAAUGAUCUCUUGCAUUUUGACUUCAUGGACCCUCCUCCCACCAACACCAUGCUGACGGCAUUAGAGGAGUUGUACGCCUUGUCGGCUCUUGACGAUGAAGGCCUGCUGACCCGGCUUGGUCGUAAGAUGGCAGACUUCCCAAUGGAACCGUCUCUAUCCAAAGCACUUAUCGCGUCGGAAGAUAUGGGUUGUUCUGAAGAGAUGCUUACUAUAGUGGCUAUGCUCUCUGUACAGACAGUCUUCUACCGGCCAAAGGAAAAGCAGCAACAAGCUGAUCAGAAAAAGGCCAAGUUUCACGAUCCCCACGGAGAUCAUCUCACCUUGCUCAAUGUCUACAACGCGUGGAAACAAUCCCGAUACAGCGAUCCCUGGUGUUUCGAAAACUUUAUUCAAAAGCGUCAAAUAGCACGUGCUCGAGAUGUCCGGCAGCAACUCGUGUCCAUCAUGGAGCGAUACAAGCACCACAUCGUAUCCUGCGGGCGUAACACGUUGAAAGUCCGUCAAGCUUUGUGUUCUGGGUUCUUCCGUAAUUCGGCACGCAAAGAUCCACAAGAAGGCUACAAGACACUGAUCGAAGGCACCCCAGUCUACAUGCAUCCUAGCAGCUCGCUGUUCGGCAAGCCUGCCGAGCAUGUCAUCUUCCAUACCCUUGUGCUGACGACGAAAGAAUACAUGCAUUGCACAACGGUCAUUGAGCCCAAAUGGUUGGUUGAGGCAGCGCCGACGUUCUUCAAGGUUGCGCCGACGGAUCGUCUGAGCAAGCGGAAGAAGGCCGAACGGAUUCAGCCUUUGCAUAACAAGUACGCAGGCGACGACGACUGGAGAUUGAGCGCGCAAAAGAGACAAGGGAGAGGAGGAGGAGGAGGUACUUGGGGUUAA